AUAAAACAAAUGGUUUACGAUCAGUUGAACCGCGGUCCGAUUACACAAGUCUAGGCAACUUAACACAGAUUGUGUCGAGAUUGGUAAUACUGGAUAUUGGAUUGUCGAAUGAGUUUUGUGAAAGCGAAGAUAAAAAAUUGAGGAUUUACCGAAUAGUUUAAAAUGAAUGAUAUUAAAUGUUUUGUGAUAAAUAUGUGAAAUAUUGUAGACGAGGAGAAGACCAGUAUAGGUGUAUGUAGUAUUUGUAGGUAUAUGCGCUGUUAUCUUAUGUGCGUCGUAAGAAGUAUUUUAGAUUUUAAAGAAUUAUCUAUAGAUGCAAAGUUACUUACUGAAGACGAAUUUUCUAGAAUGGAAAUCUGUGUUUUAACAAAAACAAUCUUAAAACUAUGAUGUGAAUAUUUGACAUACCUCAUAUUAUAUAUUUUUUGUGAAACGUCACAUUCUGACUUACAAAACAAAAACUAUGGAGAAUUGGAUUCUACUAUCGAUUUAUACAACAUUAUUAUGGGAUAUAGUGGGAAGUGGCGUCAUAAAACAACGCUUAAGUGACCAUACUGUGACAACAAAUCAAGGUCGAAUAAGGGGUGUGGUCGUGACCUUUAUUAAACCUGUAAUGGACCUACGACCAGUGACAGCUUAUCUGGGUUUGAGAUAUGGCGACAUACAAGGAGGAGAACUGAGAUUCUUUCCGCCGAAAAAUCCGUCUGAGCGAUGGUCCCUAGUAAAAUCAACAGUUGACAUGCACGCCGUAUGUCCACAAAAGAUACCGAAAAUGAACAUGUCUCCUUUGAAUCCCUUUAUGGAUAAUAUCAUCCCGUUUUUAAGCAAACAGACCGAGGAUUGUCUGACUUUGAAUAUUUAUGUUCCACAACAAGAAUGGAACGAAACAUCUCCUUUUGCCGUAAUGGUGUUCGUUCAUGGUGAAUCAUACGACACCGGAACCGGAAACGCAUAUGAUGGAAGUGUUCUUGCCAGUUAUGGUAAUGUGAUAGUAGUAACAUUAAACUACAGAGUUGGGGUGUUAGGUUUUCUUGCCACGGGAGACAACUCCGCAAUGGGUAACUAUGCACAACUAGAUAUAAUCCAAGCUCUUCAUUGGUUGAAGGAAAACAUAGUCAGUUUUAAUGGUGAUCCGGGUCGUGUUACCUUAUUUGGUCAUGGUCACGGUGCCGCCAUUGUUAAUCUUAUUUUAUUAUCACCGUUUGUCCAGGAAGGCCACGGACCACUGUUCCAGAACGCCAUUGUCCAGAGUGGAUCGGCUCUCAGCACUUGGGCGGUCUCCUACGAUCCAGUAUGGUGCACACAAAAGUUAGCAGUUAAUGUAAAUUGUUCCCGCCAUAUUUCAAACUCUCGUGCUUUAGUGAAAUGUUUACGAGAACGUUCCUGGUCGGAAUUAGUGAAUGCAGUGCCACUUCCGCCUAAGUACUAUUCAUGUUUUGCGCCCUCUAUUGAUGGGUGGAGUGUUUUACCAAAAAAGGUGGAGGAUCUUAUGAAAAAGAAACAGUCCAAAUUUGCGGAAGCCAAAGUGAUGUUUGGAAUUACAAAAAACGAAGCCUAUUCUUACCUUAAACAACACGAGAUUACGAAAGGGAUUUCGGAAUUCAGAAAAUCCCAGAUGAUUAGAACUUAUGUUCAAAAUGUGUUCAAAUAUCAUAGACAAAAAAUAUACGAAAUUUUAGACCACCAUUACACGGACUGGAACCGAAUGUCGGAUAAGCUUAGUAAGCGCAAUAAUAUCCUGGAACUGCUUAGUGACGGACAGUAUGUUGCUCCGCUGAUCAAAGCGGCGCAGUAUCACGCUGAGACGGCAGAAACGUAUCUCUACGCCUUCAGUUAUUCAACCCAAACUGAAGAAAGUUUAACAGAAAAUGUGCAUGGUAUCCAUGGCGAUGAACUACCUUACGUGUUUGGUGCUCCUCUAGUUGGUGGUAUCUCGCCGUUUCCGGCGACUUAUACAAAUGCUGAAAGGAUGAUCAGUGAAGCUGUGAUGACGUACUGGACAAAUUUUGCCAAAACAGGUGAUCCUAACCUACCACGAAAUCAGACAUCACUUCAUGGUGGACGAGUGAAAAACAGAUUCGUCAACAUCGAUUGGCCCAAGUUUGAUCUGGAGAACCAACAGUUUCUGUUAAUAGGUGGGUCUGAUGCGCCGCUCUGUCCAGGGUGUGGCCCAUCCAACAAUACGACAGCUCGAAGACCAACAGUUCGCCACCAUUAUAGAGGACAGAAACUAGCUCUGUGGUUGGAUCUGAUUCCUAAAAUAGAUAAACCGGAUGGUUCGGAUCCAAGUCAGCAUUUGUUACACAACUCGGAUAAUUCAUCUUCGUUCGAUGACUAUAGCAGAUUGAUACCCUCGUUCGAAAAUAUCUUCCCAUCGCCGCCCGCCAUGCCCCCUAUAGCACCUACGCCAUGGAGCAUACCAAAAGGCGGACAGUGGUCAACUGAAAGUAACUUCCCUGAAGAAACAUCUGACAAUGUCAGGAAUAGGGCAUUAGUUCAACCCCCAGAGGGUUCGACCAUCAUCAAGGGGAGUAACCCCUUUUCGUUACAUAAUCCUGAAGAACAGUCUACGGCUGUUAUAUCUCCGGUCGAUCAAAGUUCCGACUCGUCUGAAAGUUCCGUCCCAUUAAGCAUCACAGUAGCGGUCGGGUGUUCUCUCUUAUUUUUAAAUAUUCUUAUUUUCGCUGGCGUCUUUUAUCAAAGGGAGAGGAUCCGUAAAAUGAAACGACGACAGCAACGGGAGGAUCGCGAGGAGGAUCCAGACGAAGUUAAAUUAUCCCGAAAAAUUGAAAAGGAGAAUCGAACAGCCGCUGGUGCUGCCUGUGUUGAGAGUGUUAGUCUCAUGUCGAAUCCGUCAAGUAACCAGUCCCCCGUGAAAGAUAAUCACAGUCCCCAAAUAAACUCGAAAUCAGCAAUACCCGGCAAACAACUACCUUCAUUAGGAUAUUCAUACGCCGUAGUUCCUAAUCAAACUUCUUCUCCAUUACAUCGUUCCCAUGGUGAGCCGCCAUAUAACAAUAUACCAUUAACUACUUUUAACCCGGGGGACAGGCCUGGGGGGAAUACGUAUGUCCCCGCGGGUAAUUCUCGGGGUCAUGAACCAUACACACGAACAGAGAGUGACGGAACAACGUAUAAAGUUAUCAAUAAGACUGGUGAUCCCGGUGGGUCUAAUAACGCGAUAACUAUAGUCUAGCAGGGUGUCAUGGUGAUAGUUCUGAGGAUUAUUAUUUAAAGGGAGAUAACUAUGAUUUGUAUCUAUGUAAAAUGUGUGUCAAUUAAAAAAAAGAGAAUUAGUGUUGGUGAUUUCCGUGCUUAUGCAAAUAGUGAAAAUGAAUUUGCAUAUUUUAUAAAUAAUGAACUAAGAGGAAGAAGUAAAAUGGCGGACUAAAUACGUCUUUCGUAGGAAUUAUUACGAAUGAAAUACUAAACGAAUAAAAAUGGGAGUUAAUAUAUCGACUUGAAAGGAAGGACGUAAGAUACAAUAAUAUAGUCUUUGAAGAUAAACUGGUUAUCCAUAAAUUUCCUGGGUUCGAUCUGAUAUGCAUUGUUUUGAAGUACAGGCCCGAAUCCGUAUCUUAUCUUUUCUAGCUUUAGAGGUGUAGUUAUUUGGACUGCUCAGGCCUUAGAGUUUUUGGCUUAGCCUGAUCAUGACUUCAUAUAACACAAUUAUUGGGUAAUCAUUUAGUUGAUUUCUAGAAAUGCAGCUGAAAAGUUUGGAAAGCCAAACGGAUUGUUUCCAAUUCAACAAACGUUUCUCUGAAAAUGAAUGAAAAGAAAUGGGAUUUAAAUUAUUUGACUAACUUUUUUAGAAGUAAUUCGACUGAACAUCGUAGCUGUCCAUUCCAACUCAUAUUUCUAAAUCUUAAUUUUGAAAUGUAAAGAAUUCUCUUGUGAAAUAAUGUAGUUUAUCUAUAACAGUAAAUGAAUGUGGUUACCCGCAAGACGAACUCAAGAACAAUGAGAAAUAAAGACUAAUUUAAUGAGAUAAUUCUCAAGUAAAUAACAACAACACGGGAUAAAGUAUUGGUGUUUUGUUAUAAACAUGUAUAUACAUUCAAUAAUAUUGUAACCUGUUUUAAAUCAGAUGUCGUUUUCGUUCCCGAUAAAAUGAACAAGGAUACACUUGUAUGGCAUCAGAUGUGAAAGCUUAAGCCUAGACGCGUCACUUGCGUGUGUUCGGCACCGUAGAGACUUUUGGUCCCGCCAAAGCUUAAGCAUAGCUCACAAUCCUGCGUGCUACUACGGACAAACUACGGGGAAAUGUUUGUAAACCCGUACGUGAGACAUACGCGUCACUUGCGUGUGUUCGGCACCGUAGAAGAUCAGGGCCCUGUUUCUCGAAAUCUUAACUAAAGAUAAAUUCAAAUGUUAGUAGAUACUUUAAUUUUGAUUGGCUAAGCACUAAAAUCAAUCUAAUAUUAUCCAAUGAAAUUACUAAAAUUUGGAUUUUAUCUUAGUUAAAAUUUCGUAAAACAGACCCCAGAUCUUUUGGUCCUGCACAUACAGCGGUUUCUUGCUGUUGGUCUGUGAGCUACCAAACCCAACGACCCGUGCUGGAUGUGAGCCAGACUUGAGGUGGUAGACACAGCCUGACAAGGCUCUCCAAACAGUUAUAUUCGGAUUAAAACUGGGUGUGUAGUUAUAAACUGUUAGAAGAUUUUAUAAUAUAAAAUCAGUACAUGAGCCUUAUUCACGGAAACUGAAACUGAAAUAUUUUGAGAGUGGUAAACGUUGUACCAAGGGUGAUUUACAGCCAAUGGAAUGGUUAAAUCUUUAAAGAUACAUUAUUUAAGAGCUAUAUUUGCCUUUUGCAGGUCUUUCCUUAGGCCUUAAAUGAUAUAUAAAUUAUUAAUUAGACAUUUUAUUAACAUGACCAGACCAUAAUCAACUCUAUAGACCGUCGGAUACUCAAGAUUUUAACUAGAUUAGAACGGUUCGGUCAUUAAUUAAUGAUUUAAUUUUAAAAAGGUGAUGCGAGGUUAAAUUAUUAUUUUACAUUUUAUUAACAUGGCAAGACCAUAAUCAACUCUAUAAGCCAUCGGAUACUCGAGAUUUUAAGUAGAUUAGAACGGUUUGGACAUUUAAUGAUUUAAUUUAAAAAUGGAGAAGCGAGGCUAAACCUUGAAUUUCCCAGUAACGUGGUUACGAUAAUACAUCUUGUCAAAACUACAAACAGUGAUAACUUGGCUCAGACUAAAGUAAUUUGAAUGCAAUUUUCAGUGUAUUCAUUUUGCAUUAUCUAUGUUUGAAUUAUAAUAGCAGGAACGGUCAGCUCUUUAUCUAAAUCUUACAUAAUGUAUCUUUAAGAUAGUUUUAGAAUUCAACCUUUUCAUUGGUCGUGAACAAAAAUUGGUAUACUUAGAUAUUUGAACUUCUAGCCAUUGGAAAGACUAAAUUAAUAAAACAUUUGUAAAAUACAAUCGUUUCAUUAACUAAGAGUUAAAUUUGUUGUAAGAUUUUAACUUCCAGCCAAUGGAACGGGUAAAUCCAUAAAAUAUUUUUAGAAUGCAAUAGUUUUAUUGGGUAAGAUCGAACAUUUGUACUAGGAUUUUUUUUUAUCUUCUAGCCAAUGAAUAAGACUUUGGAUGUAUUAGAAUUAUUUGUUGAUUGUUUUUGUUAAUUAUAAUCAAAAUGUAUAUUUGUACAUAUGUUAUAUCAGCGAGAUGCUUUAUACUAACCUCUUUUACGCGGUAAUUCAGUCAGGAUUCAUCGGCAAAUUCCGUAAACCAAUUUAAAGGGUUACUACAGAAACUUACUUAUUAGUCUUGGAUUCCGUCUGACGAAUCGGUGUUGGUAUAGGGGAGGGGAGGUGGGUUUAACGCAUGCACGUGAAAUCACAAGGUUAUUGUCAAAAUUAAUGCCUUUGGUAUUAUUAUGGCGAAAUAAGCUUUUAUUUCCCGAUUGACAAUAACUUUUCGGAAGGCGCAAUUAUAUCUUUGAUGUGGGUGAAAACAAAAGUGAUGGGGCUUAUUCACACGGGAGAGAGAGAUAUAAAAUUAGUUCUUAGAAGACCAUUAUAUAUGACAUAAACGAAAGCAGCACCGUUAAUCUAAAUAACACAAAAUGUAUCUAUUUUAAAAUUGUUUGGGACAAAUCAAACUGUUGACGGAAGUAAUCCCUUCCACAUAUUUUAUAUUGUACAGUGAACAGUGUAUAUAUGAAUAUAUUGUGUCUGUUUAUAUAUAUAUUUAUUGAAAUGUCUAUCUUAUGUUUGAUUUAUAUGUGACAACAAAGAACCACGUUGUAUUAGAUUUGAUUAACCCCUAUUCCUUAACUCCUUUUAUUUGAACCACAGCAAAUUACGACCUAACAUUCGUUGAGUCAAGUGGCGUGGUUUCGAUUCCCAAAUUUAAACAACGGAUCAGAUAGAGGAAUAGAUUAAGGACCAUAGAGGGAAAUCGGAUAUCGACCAGAUAGGGAAUGGAAGAAAGGACUACAUAUGAAAAGAUCAAGUAUCGACCAUAUAGGUAAAGAUCUACCAUCGACCAUUUAUGAAAGGAUCUAUUAUCGACAUCAUAGGGAAAAGAUUGGUUUUCUACGGCCCAUGAUAAGUCUGCCGCAUUUUUUUUAUUCGAUAAUAUAUCUCUUCAAUACCUGAUAUUCCCGAUAAAUAUGUACAUAGUGUGAAGGUCUGAUAACGCGUAAAUUCUGUUAAAACACCUUGUACCCAGUCGUUGCAAUAACUCUUUCCUUGUAUCCAGUUAUUGCAGUAACUUAGUCAUUUUACACAAUUAUUAUAAUAACUUGAUCCUUAUACCUAGUUUUUGGUCCUUAUACUCACUUAUUGAAAUAUAUUGGUCAGAACAGCUAGUUAUUUAUUUAUUAGUUAUUGUAAUAAAUUUGGUCCUUGAACCCAGCUGUUGUAAUAAUUUGGUCUUAAAACUCAGUUAUUGUAAUAUCUUAGUCCUUGUACUCAGUCAUCGCAUUAGAUUGGUUCUUGAACCAAGUUAUUGUAAUAACUCAGUCCCAGUACCCAGACAUUGACAUAACCCAUUUAUUCUACACCGUUAUGGUACUAUCUUGGUCCUUAUACCACGUUAUUCUAAUAACUUGGUCUUUAUACCAAAUUAUUGUAGUAUUUUGGUCCUUACAAACAGUAAUUGUAAUAACUUGGUCGUUACACCCAGUUAUUGUACUAAUUUGUUUAUUGUAACUGGCUAUGGUAAUAACUGGCUCGUUAUGCUCAGUUAUUGUAAUAACGUCGUCCUUGUUCUCACUUGUUGUAAUAAUUCGGUCUGUAUACCAAUUUCUUGUAAACAGUUGUACUUACUCGGUCCGUGUACCCAUUUCUUAUAAACAGUCGCAGUUACUCGGCCCCUGUACCCAUUUCUUGUAAACAGUCGAACUUACCCUGUCCGUGUACCCAUUUCUUGUAAACACUCGUACUUACUCCGUGUACCUAUUUCUUGUAAACACUCGUACUUACUCGGCCCGUGUACCUAUUUCUUAUAAACACUUGUACUUACUCGGCCCAUAUACCCAUUCCUUGCAAACACUUGUACUUACUCGACCAGUAUACCCAUGUUUUGAAAAUACUUGUACUUACUCGGCCCGUGUACCCAUUUUUGGGAAACAAUCGUAAUGGUACUUACUCGGCCUGUAUACCAUUUCUUGUAAAAACUGAUACUUACUCGGCCCGUAUACCCAUGUCUUGUAAACACCUAUACUUAAUCGGCCCGUGUAUCCAUUUAUUGUAAAUAUUGUAAAUAUUUGUUAUCAAACAGUAUGUAGAUAGUUGGAGUAGAUUAGGCUAGGAUUUACUAAUAAAUAAAUAAAUAAAUAUAUGAAAUAAAUAAAUAAAUAAAUAUAAUAAUGAAAAUAAAUAUAAGUUUGAACAUAAAUGAAAGUGUGAAGUUUUCGCAGCUAAUUUAUAUGUAAAUAAAAGGAAAUGUAAUUAA